AAUCACAAUAAACAAAAUUAGUAUUUCAAAACAUAAAAAUUUCUUUAGUUUUUCUAUUUCCAAAAAAAAAAAAUUAAAUUUUCUUUUUCAAAAAUCUCCUUAUGUUACCACAAAAAAUUACACAAAUUUCCGAGCAAGCUUUACCUCCAGUUCAUGUUCCCUUAAUUUUAGGCAAUGAAUUCUUUAUUCUCUCCCAACAAGAUGUGCGCAAAUUGGAAGAAUGUCGUUUAUUUAGCAUUAACAAAUUAAUGCCCAAUGGUGAUUUAAAAACUAUUAAUAUUCCGGAUCCUAAUUAUUGGUUGUUACAAAUUUUGAAGCAAGAAAAUUUAACGUGUAAUCAAAAUGUCUGGCAAUUAUUGGAAUUUUUAAAUGGUAAGAGAAAUCAGUGUCAGCCACCUGUAACAACGCUUUCACAGCAACGUCAAUGUACUCCAGACUUUCCUCAACCUAUGGAGAUAUCAAAUGUUGUUUGUGAAAAUCCCACCGUAGCUUCUAUUGAACAACAACUACAAUGGAAUAAAUGUGUUAAUACUUCAGCGCCAUUUCCUCUUACCUACAGCCUUGGAACUUCAACGACAGAAAUUAAUUGCCAACAACUGGUUGGCAAACAUCUAAACAAUAUACAAACAAGUAGUUGCUGUUGCUGCUGUACAAAGUGUCAACGUUGCUUUCAGUUUAAAGAACUCUGUAAUAAAUGCACCAGCACUCAGGGACUACAAAAUGAGGCCAGCAAAAAAUCAUGUGAAAUUAUGGGAGCUAGAGAACAAUUGAAAAAGAAAAAACUAAACUUUUGCUUUGACUAUAUAACCUAAACAAAAUUAUUAAACACUUGAUUAAUUUGUAAUUAAAAAUAUAGUAAAUUUGAUAUUGUAUUUCUGGACAGUAACAUUAACGGCUUGUUAAAAAUUAAAAUAAUUUAAACAUAAUUUGUAUACACUAACUAA